AUGAUGCUAUCGAGAACGAAAUUUUUACAACGUUCAUCACAAAGUAUUAGGUGUAUUGCCCAGCUUUCUCAGGUGAGAGUUCCAAAGCAGAUAACAAAUGAACCUAUUAAAGCAUUUGGUGUCGCCGACACCAAGGAUUGGGAUCUUUUACGAGCAUCGCUGAUGAAAUUUAAGAGUUCUUCUCUAGAUGUUCCCCUAGUUAUCAAUGGCGAGAGAGUUUACUAUAACGAUAAGAAGAGUCGACCAUACUUUGAACAAACGAAUCCGGCUAAUCAUAAGCAUGUUCUCGCAAACGUUACUCAGGCAAACGAGGAAGACAUUUUACGUGCGAUUCAAGCUUCAAAGGAUGCCAAGGCCAAAUGGGCUUCGAUGCCGUUUUAUGACCGAGCUGCCAUUUUUUUGAAAGCAGCUGACUUACUUUCUACGAAAUAUCGUUAUGAUAUGCUGGCGGCAACUAUGUUAGGUCAAGGUAAAAAUGUGUACCAAGCAGAAAUUGACUGUAUCACUGAGUUGGCCGAUUUUUUUAGAUUCAACGUUAAGUAUGCCAGUGAACUGUAUUCGCAGCAGCCAGUGGAAUCAAGUGCUGGAGUCUGGAAUAAAGCUGAAUACAGGCCUUUGGAAGGUUUUGUCUAUGCUGUCACACCCUUCAAUUUUACUGCAAUCGCCGGUAACCUAGUUGGCGCACCGGCCUUAAUGGGUAAUACGGUGGUGUGGAAGCCAUCGCAAACUGCAUCCUUAUCCAAUUACCUUUUGUUAACAGUUUUAGAAGAAGCAGGUUUACCAAAGGGUGUUGUUAAUUUUAUCCCUGGUAAUGCUAUUGAAGUUACACAACACGUUUUGAAUGACAAAGAUUUCGCCGCUCUACAUUUUACUGGUUCUACAAACGUUUUCAAACAACUGUACGGUAAGAUUCAGGAGGGUGUUGUGAAUAACGUCUACAGGGAUUAUCCAAGAAUUGUUGGAGAGACUGGAGGAAAAAAUUUUCAUUUAAUUCACCCUUCUGCUAGUAUCCCACAUGCAGUUUUGUCAACUAUUAGAGGUGCUUUCGAAUAUCAAGGCCAAAAAUGUUCUGCAGCUUCAAGAGUCUAUCUGCCAAACUCCAAGAGUGAAGAGUUCUUCAAGGAUAUUGCAGGUAGUUUGCAACAACACAAGAUUCAGCCAGUUAAUACAUCAGCAGGUAGUAUAAGCGGGGGCGACUUACAUGGUUUCAUGGGUCCAGUCAUUCAUGAACAAAGUUAUAACAAGCUGGUUGGUGCUAUUGAAGAAGCAAAGAAAGAUCCAGAAUUGGAAAUUGUGUAUGGUGGUCAAUAUGACAAAUCGUCAGCGUGGUUCGUUGGACCAACGAUUAUCAAGACUACCAAUCCUAACCAUAAGUUCCUAUCAACAGAAUUUUUCGGACCCAUACUUACUGUCUACGAGUAUCCAGACAACGAGUUCUCCCAGGUUUGUGAUUUGAUCAACAACACUAGUAUGUAUGCAUUGACAGGUUCCAUCUUUGCGAAGGAUCGCGAUGCGAUUUUAGAGGCAAGCGAAAAACUAAGAUACAGCGCUGGUAAUUUCUACAUCAAUGACAAGUGUACGGGUGCAGUAGUUGCUCAACAAUGGUUUGGUGGUGCAAGAAUGAGUGGAACUAAUGACAAAGCUGGCAGUGGUAACAUUUUAAACAGAUUUGUCAGUGUAAGAAGCGUUAAAGAGAAUUUCUACGAACUUACAGACUUCAGAUAUCCUUCCAAUUACGAAUAA